AUGUGCGGAGAGCUGCGCAUGCGCGAAGAGGAGGCAACAGUUCGGCCCAGCAAUGCGCCGGAAGUGAACGAGAUCAGCCUCAGCUUGAGGACAGAUCCCAACCCUGUGGUGAGGGCUACUACUGAACCAACAGAGGAUUAUUUUCUUUGCUUAUCUAUCGCCUACGCGGGAGAAGUGAUCUGCAAGUAUUUGCUACCGGAAGGCGAUUUUCUGAUUACGUCGGUGCCGGCUCCAGUGAACGGCCUGUUCAACUGCAUGAAACGUGUCAUUCUGCCGGACCCGGGUAAAAUGGCCGAUUCCGCGAAGCAGCAGGCGGUCCAGUCUCUCCUCAACGAUUUGAUAAAAGGCAUCAUGGUGGCCAGUAACCACGAAGGGAUCUUCAUUCUGUGCCGGGGCAACGUCUGCGUCUGGUGGUCAGGAUUUUUGGCCCCUGAGUACCAAACCAAACUGGAGAAUAACUCUUACCAGCAGCUGUUCAAACCCCGGGAUUUUCAAGCAGCUCUGGAAAAGCAUCGCCAGGGCUUGGCGAACCUGCCGGAUCACCGGAUCAUUCUAUACGUGGGACAUGAGCUGGAAGGAAAUAAAUGUAUGGACCGCGAGCUCGUCGUCAUUCAGCAGAAGAGACCAACAUCCGCUGGGGAUUAUUCGUUUGGAAGCCGAAUCCGAUGGGUCUGGAAGCAGGUCCAUAACUUCUACGUGAUUCCUCCUUCUCCAACUGCGGCUUCCCACGACGGAUUUGGCAAGCGUUAA